GAACCUAUUUAUCCAAUAGGUAUUAAUGGUCUUUUAUUACUGACUUUAUAAUACCGUUUUCGGUGAGGUACAUGUCUCUCUUUUCUGGGCCUCCGAGUCGUCUGUAUGCGGUGUGGACGGUACACUUGUUGACACAUUUUUACAUUCUGUAGAUAUACCACUUACUUGAUAUCACUUUACAGUGUCCAUAGAGUUGAGAAAUCCGAUAUUCAGUAUAGUAUAUUGCCAUACCUAUUUUCAGGACUAUUUCGUAUAUUUCCCGAAAUUAUUCAUCGUAGUAUAAAAGUGGUACAGGGUGUUUAUAGCACGAUGUUGUUGUCUGAAAACGGCGUGCCGGAAGGCAGUGUCGAUGCUGUAGCUCCGUAUAUGCAUGAGGAUGACACCGCUAAUAAAGGUGGUGAAAAUGCAACCAUGGAAAACAAUGAUGCAGAGGGACAAAGCACUUUAUCUUGGUUAGGUUCAACAUUUAUUGAUGUUGUGGUAAAUGGACCAACGCAGGUUUCUGAAAUGGUGAUCAAUGGCACAUCGCAAGUAUCGGAAAUGGUCAUCAGUGGUACAUCGCAAGUCUCCGAUAUGGUUGUCAGUGGAACAUCCCAGGUUUCUUCUAUAUUUCAAUGGGGAGAUAACGAGGAAAACUACUCUUUAUCUCGUGAUUAUUCCAAGAGGAAAAGGCAACGCGAAUCGUUUUACGCUAAACCAGCAACGGAUAGUGACAGCAUUGCUUGCCAAAACACUACGAGUCGUGUUGGUCCUGUAGCUGAUAUGGUAAUGUACAACCGUUUGGGUGUGGAGUCAUCAGCAUCCAAGGCUGAAAUUAAGCAAGCAUAUUACAAAUUAGCACUUCGUUACCAUCCUGAUAAGAACCCUAAUGAUGCUGAGGCCAAUCUUAAGUUUCAAGAGAUUAGUGAGGCAUAUCAGAUUCUCUAUGACGACGAGAGUCGUCGUAUUUAUGAUGCCCAUGGCGUAACGGAGCAGAUUAAGUUUUCCAGUGAUGAAAUGUGUAUGGUAUUCAUUCUGUUUUUCGGCGCUGAUGCACUAGAGGACUACGUGGGUUUAUUCGAGAUUUUGAAAAAUAUUGUGAACACUGCAUCUCACGUAAAAGACGUGGAAUCUAUCAAGAAACCCUUUAUGGUUGAGCAGAAAUACCGUGUGGUUAAUUUGGCCAAAAAAUUGGCAGAACGUUUAGAUACACAUGUGUCCGAUGGUGUCGUUGAUAGCGUGCUGACAUUGGAGAUACAAGAGUUCUGUAAUGACUAUACUCGUAGUCACAUGGUAGAGUCCAUUGGAUGGGUAUAUCAGAACUGCGGUGAGUAUUUCGUUGCUGAGGCUACAAGCUUUUGGGGAUUGGGUACUGCCUAUUCUAACAUUCAGUCAGCCACACGUUCGGUUAGUCACGCGAUGUCCAUGGCCAGGUCUGCUUAUAACAUUGCCACAUUCAUGAAGCAGAACGUCGGUGAUGAAAAUAACAAGCCUUCUGCGGAUAAUGUUUUAGGGACCUUAAAGCAUCUUACAUCAUUUAUUCUUUACGAGAUUGAGCGUACCAUAAAGUUAGUGGUCCCGAAGUGCUGCAAGGAUACUGAUGUAUCUGCUGAGCAACGUCUUGAAAGAGCUAAGAAUUUAAUUUCCCUGGGUCGCUUAAUGCAGGAGACUGCGAUUAAUAGCCGUCAGGGUAAACCUGAGGACUCUGAUAACCUUCAACGCUUAUAUGGAAUCGUUGAGACAUUAAAUAUGACCAAGCGUCAACAGGAAUAGUAUGGCAGUGUCCAAUACUAUCUUAUUCGAAUUAUCGCGGUUUAUGUGUCGCUCUAUAAAGCAACACAGUUGCUGUUUGUGGUACUCCUGAAAAAUUUGGGGUCACCAUUAGUCGUCAGGGAACAUAAACUUGUUUCGUACGUUAACGUAAUUAUAUAAAGGGUUAUACUUGCGUUU